AAUGGCGGAGCAUAAGGAAGAGGACGUUCUACAACUACACCAGGAGGUCGAUGAUAAAAACAUGAGCGUUGUCCUCGAACCGAUCCUGCACGACGAGACAGCCGCUCUCGAGUCGGUGGCCGCUACAGCUGGUAGUGUCAAAACUGAAUCGGAUCCUGACAGUGGGAAAACAUCAUUUGCUCCUUCGACUGAGAGGCAUAUAUCCAUUCAGACCUCGCUGGAAGGCCUGGAAAAGCUGGUGGACUUAAAUGGAGCUGGGAGGAAGGCAUGUCCAUUGUGUCCAGAGGAGAAGUUUAAAGCCUGCUAUAGCCACAAACUGCGACGGCAUCUACAGAACCUUCACUGGAAGGUCUAUGUGGAAUUUGAAGGCCAUAGAAUGUGUAUCUGUCACCUACCAUGCAGACAGUUGAAGUCUAGCCUUAGUGGAGACCAGGUAGCUAGUCGGUUGGCGGCUCAUUACCACUGUGUGGUUUGCUCUGUCACCAUUGCUCGUAAAACAGACAUGAUCAGUCACCUCAAGCGCCAUGUGAACAAGGGCGAGACUGAGGCCAGCUACACAGGCAGCUCAGAAGUUUCCUUUGAGGAUCCAGUUCCCAUAGGGCAGGCUUACGAAAUCAUGAAGGAACUGGGCACCAAUGUGCAGCUACUGCCCAAUCACACCACCCCACAGAAGAGUGACACCUACUUCAACCGUAAAAUGAAAACAAACAGACAACUGGUAUUCUGCUCUCUAGCAGUUCUAGCAGAAGAGCGAAGCCCACUAGAUUGCUUGGAUGCUUUUGGAGCUACAGGCAUCAUGGGUCUGCAGUGGGCAAAGCAUUUGCGCAGCGCUGUCAAGGUCACCAUCAAUGACAUCAAUGAAUCCUGCGUUAAAAUGAUUCGAGAGAAUUGCCGCCUCAACCACAUCCGGGUGGAGAGCAGCCGAGGUCCACGACACACAGAUGUUGCUGGAGAUGUGGAAGGUGUCCCCAUUGCCUCUGUGGAGGUUGUCAAGAUGGAUGCCAAUGUCAUUAUGCACCUGCGGCCAUUCGACUACAUACACCUGGAUCCCUUUGGGACGGCGGUGAACUACCUGGAUGCUGCCUUCAGAAAUGUACGAAACCUGGGCAUUGUGUCCAUAACCUCCACUGAUACGGGGACGCUGUACUCCAAGGCACUGAAUGUCACGCUGCGACACUAUGGCUGUCACAUCGUCAGGACCGAGUACUAUAAGGAGUUGGCGGCACGCAUGGUCGUGGCUACUGUGGCGAGGGCGGCUGCUCGCUGCAACAAGGGCAUCGAGGUGCUGCUUGCCGUGGCCCUGGAGCACUUCGUCCUGGUGGUUGUGCGGGUGCUGCGGGGUCCCACCCAGGCUGAUGAAGCUGUCAAGAAAAUCCGGCAGCUUGUCCACUGCCAGUGGUGCGAAGAGAGGGUGUUCCUGAGGGCUGGGAACAUGGUGGAAGAGAACCUCUACAGACAGUUGCCCUGCAACUGCCAAGGGAGCAUGCCAGGAAAGACUGCUGUGGAGCUGGGACCUCUUUGGGCAGGUCCGCUGUUCAACACCGGCUUCCUGAGGCGCAUGUUGUUCGCCGCCGUGCAGCACAGUAUGGAUGACAUCCAGGCGUUGGUGAAGACUCUUAUUUGUGAGUCUGAGUGCACCACGCUGAAGUCCUUUGUCCACGGGGCCUCAUCUCAUGCUAACCAAGUGGAGUGUGGUGUGGUCAUUAAAACUUUAAAGAAAGAAGACAAAUCUUCAGUUGACCAAUCAGGGAAGCGGAAGAUGAGUGACGAGUCUGGGACUGUGCUGAAAAAGGUGAAAUCAGAAGCAUUGCUGGAGCAUCCUCCCUUCUAUUACAGCAUCCACCGGCACAGCAUCCGAGGCAUGAACAUGCCUAAGUUAAAUAAGUUCCUCCAGUACCUGACAGAGGCUGGGUUUCGGGUAAGCCGGACCCAUUUCGACCCAACAGGAGUCCGCACUGAUGCCUCUCUGAGCCAGUUCAAGUCAGUCCUCACCAAGUACAGUGUACCAACUUACACCGGAGGCCAGGGUGGUGGACAUGCUCUGAGUACAGAGGAGACGGCCACGACCAUGGAUUAACUCACCGGCAACUGACGUAACAUUCUUACUGCACUGAUAACCUUUUCUCACUGGUGACAUACUCGAUUGUAUUUUUCCCUGCUGCCUAAUGCAAGGCUUACAGCAUAUCUUUGAAAAAGAUUUUCUGCAAAACUGUAUUGAAUUACUUAGAUCAUGAGCUGAAACACUUGUGAGGAAGACUGGGAAGAAAUCAAACCCUCCACUCAUACAAAGAUAGCAAGAGGCUGAAUUGGCAAAAUGUCCACCCUUGGGUUUUUACUUUAGAAAUAAGCAAUUGAGAAAGUCCCUUUGUGGUUUAUUCAUGAUACUGGUAGUAAACAGUGGCCUGUCAGUAAGUUGCAUGGGUUACUAUAUUUUAAAGACAUUUUAAAGUUAAAUACAAUGGUUUGCUGUGGACAUUAGUAUUUUAACUUAAUAAACACUUGUCACUGAA